AUGGAAAGCUAUUCGAUUUAUUAUAAUACAUCAGAAAGUUUAAAUAAUUCUACUAUUUUGGUAGAAUAUAAAACAAAGAUAAAAAGAAAAUACCAUUUGAGCCAUGAAAAAAUCGAAGACCACACCAAAAUUUUCAUAAGUAUUCUAACAAAUCUUCUACCGAAUUUUCAUCGUCAAAGUGAUAUUCCGAACACAAAAUCGGGAAAUCUAGUCUCGAAAUCUCUGUCACAAGGCACACUUUCAUUCCAUAAUAUUACUUAUACAGUCAGUGGCACACUGCGGAAUUUUUCAUGGAAAAAAUGCUGUACAUCAUGUGUUAAAACAAAAUCUGAUAAAAACAUAUUAGACAAUGUAUCGGGUUUAUUUCCUUCAGGAUUAAAUGCAAUUAUGGAUAUUUAUUCUUUUUCGAAUUCAGGCCCAUCGGGUUGUGGUAAAUCCACUCUUCUAGACAUAUUAGCUAGUAGGAAAGAUAUGCGAUGUUUGACUGGUGAAGUGCUCAUUGAUGGUUUGCCGCCGUCAUCUUCAUACAAAUGUAUGAUUGGUUAUGUUGUUCAGGAAAAUAUCAUUUGUGAAACUCUUACUGUCAGAGAAAAUCUCAUGUUUUCCAUAAAUAUCCGUUUGCAAGAUGAUCUAAGCAAAGUGGAUCGAAUAAGUCGUGUCACUGAAGUGAUACAAGAGCUUGGCCUUGAUUCAUGUGCUAAUACAAAAGUAGGCGGUUUACUAACUCGUGGAAUAUCUGGUGGAGAACGGAAACGUACAUGUAUUGGCAUGGAACUUGUCUUGUCACCAAAAAUACUACUUCUUGAUGAGCCAACCACAGGUACAAUCAUCUUUUCUAUUCAUCAACCAGGACAUUUUAUAUUCAAACUUUUUGAUAAUAUAUUGCUGAUGUGUAAUGGCAAAAGUGUUUAUCACGGUACUCCAGAAAAUGUCUUACCUUACUUCGUCAAGCAGGGCUAUUUCCUCGAACAGUACGAAAGUCCUCCUGACUUUUCACUAGAUAUUCUAAUUAAAGUCAGCCGAAGACCAAACGAUUUAAAGAUACUACACAAUGCUUACAUGAAUUCAUCCAUGCAAGCAGAUAUUGACAAAUUUUAUAAAAAACGUAAAUAUAGACAUAACGAAAAUUCUCCUACAAGUCGGCAUCGAAAGAAAGCAGUUCGUUCUUAUGCUGCGGAAGCCUUUUAUUUACUACAAAGAACAUUACGAAAUACUUUGAGAGAUCCAGCACUCUUUCUGUCACAAAUAAUAAUAUCCAUCUUGUUAGGAAUUUUAAUGGGAUUGAUUUUUCACGACAUGGAAACAACACCUGAUAUCGGCGUGAGAAAUCGUUUGGGUGCUAUAUUUUUUAUUGUAUCCAGUCAAGCAUUAUGCUCAGCAUCAGCAAUAGGUUCUCUAAUCGAAGAACGUUCCCUUUUCAUACAUGAAAACAUGAGCGGCUAUUACCGGGUGUGGACCUACUUUUUUAUCAAAGGACAUAUUUUUGGAUCAGCACUAUGUUUUUUUCUUGCAACUGCCACACCGACUUUCGCUUCAGCCAUUAUUUCCAUGUUAUUCGUCAUCACGGCUAUGUCGAUGUUCACUGGCUUUUUGAUUGAUUUAUCGAGUAUCGAUGUUUGGUUAUCAUGGAUUCAAUGGAUAAGUGCUGUCAGAUACGCUACAAAUACGCUGAUCAUCAAUGAAUUUGACAAUAUGGAGUUUUGUCUUGCUAAUGCAACACAAAUUUGUCCGGUGACAGGAGCAGACGUGAUGAAUCAGUACAAAUUGGACUUUGCAACAACUUGGGAUACAUGGAAAUAUCUUUUUGCAUUGGUCAUGAUGACAAUCGUUCCUUUAAUGUUGGGCUACCUGCAACUUCUUUUCAUGAAAAAGACCAAGUGA